AUGUUCUUUUGUGUUUUAUUGAUUAGUACAACUAAUAUCUCCGAUUCUAAUAUAAAUUACACAAAUAACCAAUUUUAUAGUAACUUAUAUAACGUUGUUAGCACAGCAGAGAAUAUACAACAAAAUACAAUAUUUGAAAACUUAUUACGCAAUGACAAAAUGCAAACAGAAGAUGGGGCAGAUUUUGGUCGUGAUAAAAGUAUUAAUAAAAUAAAUUUAGAUAGUGACCUUACAUAUGAUCAAUAUGCUUAUGAAACAGAAAAUUUAGCUUUAACGUUAAACAAAGAUAGUGAAGAACCAUUUCAACAUACGAAAAGCACUAAUUCUCUCAACCAGGAUUAUUCAAUAUUGGACAUAAGUGCAUAUACCCCUCAGUAUUGGAAUGAUGUUUUUAGUGAUACAGAUGUUUCUCAUACCAACAAAGUUGAAAGAACUUUGCCUUUUACAAACAAUAAUCAUAUUCCUGCACAAACUAACAUGUAUUCUGAUGCAUGUUUGCUUAUACAAAUCGAAAGUAUUCCAGUUACUCAAGAAAAUGAAUCUCUGGCUGAACUACUAAAAGCCUGUUGUACUGAUUACUACACAGAAUUUAAUAAUCAAAAUAUUGACGACCCGGAUUUUGAAAAUGAAUGGUAUAAAAAGAUUUGCAGUUAUAUUAAUUGGGAGCCAAGUGAAUAUGAUAAUAAAAAAAAUUUUUUUCAAGAGUUUAAUUUUGAAGAUGAUAAUAAUAAUUUGGUAGAUCCUAGUUUUAAACAUUGUGGUCAUGAUAAACAUACAGAUGUACAAAAAAAAGAAAUUAACGAAUAUAGUAAUAUUAGUAAUACAAAAUCUUUAAAUAACGACGAAUUGGUUGUAAAUAAUACAAAAGAGCAUGAAAAAGGAAAUGCAGAUUGCAUUAUUAAUUAUAAUUCCUUUAAAAGCUUUUUAUCUGAUGAUUCAAAUAUUGAGAUUUUUGAUAUUUUGAUUGAAAAUAAAAAAGAGUUACAAGCACUUAAAGAUAAGUUUUUUUUUAAUGUAAGAAAACAAUCAUCUAUUGGUCUAAUUCAAUAUAAUUUUACGAAAAAUAAUAAAUAUCGUAACAAUAGUAACCGCAUAAUAUUAAAUUCUAACUGGUUUAAUGAUUUUACAAAUGUGACUUUUAAACUUCUUAUGGAUGACAUUGAAACUCUUUAUUUGUCAGAAAAUACUAAAAAACUGUUUUGUGAAUGGGUUGAAUUUCUAAGAGAAGUUGCUCAGUUUAUUUUUAACUUCAAAGAACACGUUAAUCUAAAAAAAUACAGUCAGUGUGAUGUACUCAGUAACCUAACAUUAAUUGAAACCAUAAUGAAUUCAAUAAUUUUAAAAUUUAACUUUGAAAAGAUUAAAAAUUUUUUGGAGAAAAUUAUCCAAAAACACAAAAAUCCCAAGUUUUUUGAUUUGAAGGUUGAAAAGGUUUUAUUAAAGAUUUUGUACAACAUUAAAGAGGUGGAAGAAAAAUUUAAACAAUAUCGUUUGUAUUUUGCAAGAAUGAAAAUGUAUUUUGAAGGUAGAAUUAAUUAA